AUGGUGGUGAAAACAAAAUGUACACUGAAUAUGUGCUUUUUCGUCAUUUUGGUUUCUACUGUUACUACUACCAUCACCGUUACUGGUUUCCCCACGACGCUCGACGGUCCGUUUGAGCCCGAGACUGCUCCACUCGACCCGAAUCUUAACCCGGUUGCAUUCGACUUGCCAGAAUCCGACCCGAGUUUCGUACAACCCGACUCGGAGUUCCUCCGACCCGAACAGAUCUCUGUCUCUCUCUCGUACAGCUCUGACUCCAUCUGGAUUUCUUGGCUCACAGCAGCAGAGGAACUUCAAAUCGGCGAAGAAGAUUCCGAUCCUAUUGAUCCUGAUUCAGUGCAAAGCAUAGUCCAAUACGGUGAAUUCAAUGCUCGAACUAAAAACAAACACGCCACAGGUCAUUCUCUUGUUUAUAACCAACAGUAUCCUGCUGAGAAUGGAACCAACAACUAUACUUCAGGCAUCAUCCACCAUGUUCAGCUCACGGAUCUCAAACCAAACACAUUGUAUCAUUACCGAUGUGGAGAUCCGUCUUUAUCAGCAAUGAGCAAUGCGUAUUACUUCAGGACAAUGCCAAAGUCUACAUCUGAGGAUUACCCUCGCAGGAUCAUUGUGGCUGGAGAUUUGGGUCUUACUUACAACACAUCAACAGUUUUGACUCAUAUUUUAUCUAACCAUCCUGAUCUUGCUGUUCUAAUCGGAGGAUUUAGCUAUGCUGAUAGUUAUCUUGCGAACAAGACUAAACGAGAUUGCAGUUCUUGUCAGUGUGACCAGAACAGAACCUGUUCUGGUUGUGAUUCUUGUUAUUGUAACCGAGAAAUUUAUCAGCCUCGCUGGGAUUAUUGGGGAAGGUUCAUGGAGCCACUGACGGCUAAUGUUCCAACCAUGAUGGUAGCAGGAGAGCAUGCGAUUGAGCAGCAGACUGAUGAUAAUCUGACAUUUGUUGCAUACAGUUCAAGAUUCGCAUUCCCUUCAAACAAAAGCGGUUCCUUUUCGCCGUUAUACUAUUCUUUCAACGCUGGAGGAGCUCAUUUCAUUGUGCUCAAUUCAUACGCACCAUAUGAUAACUCAUCUGAUCAGUAUAUUUGGCUUGAAAGUGAUCUGAGGAACAUAGACAGAUCAGAAACUCCAUGGGUGGUUGCAACUUGGAGUCUUCCUUGGUACAGCACAUUCAAGGAGCAUUACAGAGAAGCUGAGUCAAUGAGGAUAAGUCUUGAAGACUUGCUCUAUAGCUACCGAGUUGAUAUCAUCUUCAAUGGUCAAGUUGAUGCCUAUGAGAGGUCAAACAGAGUCUACAACUACACGUUAGAUCAAUGUGGUCCGGUUUAUAUAACAACCGGUGCAGGAGGAGCUGGGAAAUUGGAGACUGAGCAUGUAGAUGACCCAGGAAACUGUCCGGACCAUUCUCAGAGAAGGUAUGUUGGGUCUUGCGGCUUUAACUUCACGUUAGGACCUGUAGAAGAUGAGUUAUGUCCGGUUAAUCAGCCAGACUACAGCGCGUACAGAGAGAGCAGCUUCGGGUUUGGCAUGUUAGAAGUGAAGAAUGAAACGCAUGCAUUGUGGAGCUGGAACCGGAAUCAAGACCUGUACUAUCUUGCCGCAGACAUUGUGUAUAUUGUACGUCAACCUGACAUAUGCCUGGUUUAUAACUAA